GGAAGCUUUCCGCGGGUUUUGCUGCACUGAAACUCAGCGGACCGGUUGUCGGACGCACCCCCUCCCCUCCCCACCCCCGUCUCCCUCCUCUCCCCCCUCCCCGAACGAGGCAAACCCCCGCUACGUUUUCAAACACCGGGGCAACCGGCGUCAUGUCGGACUUCGAGGAAUUCGAGAAGCAGCUGAGCGAGAACCGGCAGGAGAGAGAGAGGGAGCGACACAAGAAGAGGAGUCGCAGCGGAUCUCCUGCGCGGGGCGACAAGCACCGAGGGAGCCGCAGCCGGGAGAAGAGGAGCCGGGACCGCCGGAGCUCCUCCAGGGACCACAAGAAGCACAGCCGCUCUCCGAGGCAAACAAGGAAGAAAAGAACCUGCAAGUAUUGGGAUGUUCCUCCUCUGGGCUUUGAGCACAUCACACCGUUGCAAUAUAAAGCUAUGCAAGCGGCCGGGCAGAUCCCGACGAUAGCCCUGCUGACGACGUCCGCCUCCACCGGGGUGUCGGUGGCGCCGACCCAGCUGCCCGUGGUGGGCAGUCAGAUGACCAGGCAAGCCCGCCGCCUCUACGUGGGGAAUAUUCCUUUCGGAGUAACCGAGGAGUCCAUGGCCGAGUUCUUCAACGCUCAGAUGAGGCUCGCCGGCCUUUCGCAGGCGCCGAGCAACCCUGUGCUCGCCGUGCAGAUCAAUCAGGAUAAAAACUUUGCUUUCUUAGAGUUUCGGUCCGUGGACGAGACGACGCAGGCGAUGGCCUUCGACGGGAUCAUUUUCCAGGGCCAGUCACUGAAGAUCAGACGACCCCACGACUAUCGGCCUUUACCCGGUAUCUCGGAGCAGCCCGCUUUCCACGUUCCAGGCGUCGUCUCCACAGUCGUUCCCGACUCGGCCCACAAACUGUUCAUAGGAGGGCUGCCCAACUACCUGAACGACGACCAGGUGAAGGAGCUCCUCACGUCGUUUGGGCCUCUCAAAGCGUUCAACCUGGUGAAGGACAGCGCCACGUCGCUGUCCAAAGGUUACGCCUUCUGCGAGUACGUCGACGUCGGCGCCACCGAUCAGGCGGUGGCCGGGCUCAACGGGAUGCAGCUGGGCGACAAGAAGCUCAUCGUGCAGAGGGCGAGCGUCGGCGCGAAGAACGCCAAUCCCACCGCCAUCGUAGAGGCUCCGGUGACGCUGCAGGUCCCCGGGCUCCAGAGGCUGCAGAACUCCGGCAUGCCCACAGAGGUGCUGUGCCUCCUCAACAUGGUGAUGGCCGAGGAGCUGGUGGACGACGAGGACUACGAGGAGAUCCUGGAAGACGUCCGCGAGGAGUGCUGCAAGUACGGCAGCGUCCGCUCCAUCGAGAUCCCGCGGCCCGUCGACGGACUGGAGGUCCCCGGCUGCGGAAAGAUCUUCGUGGAGUACGUUUCUGCUGCCGACUGUCAGAAAGCCAUGCAGGCUCUCACUGGCCGCAAGUUUGCAAACAGAGUGGUGGUCACCAAAUACUACGAUGCGGACAUGUACCACAGACACGUAUUUUGAGCUCAUAGACGAGUCCCGGCUUUCUGUCACAGACUCUGGGUUCAGUCGGUUUCUUCACUCUGAAUUUUCGUCAGCGUGUCAAGGAAAAGACUUAAACUUCUACUUAACAAACUGGACUGCAGAGUGUUUCUUCACUGGAUAGCUUUAGCUUCAACACCCGCACAAUGAACAUACUGACUUAAACAAGUAGUAUCUAUUAGAUUUGUAGUAGAAUGAUUGUGACAUGUAUCUUUCUAUAAACUAAUACUGCCCGACAAUGUACCUGUGUUAUCGAGUAUGCACUAUAUAAGAAAAAGAAAGAAAAACAGUCAAAUGUUUAGAUUUCACUGCAGAGCACAAGCAUUCAUUGCUCUGUUUUAGUUUUGAGAAGCAUUCAUAAGUGUUUAUUGUGGGGCUGUAAGAGUGAAAUAUUAUAUUUAUUUAUCUUUAAGUAAUAAUAUUUUCUAUAUGUCACAUAUGAAUGUUGCUUCACCACAUAUAUAAUGCUAUAACAUGUACUGCUUACAUACACAAAAUGUCCAUAUAUGUUUGUCAGAACAGCCUUAAAGGUAGUUUUGUAAAUAUUAAAUAUCAAAGUACAGAUAAUGUAUCCAGACUGUGGCACGCGAUGCAGUGCUAUAAAUCCCAAGCAACGUUUUCUGGGAAAUGAGAUCCAGAAAACACUAUUCUUAUUGCCAAAGAGAACAAAGCAGGGAUGUGUGAGAUUGUAACUCUUAACAUCUAAAGGAAGAAGAAUACUUACUAUUAUAUAUAAAAUUGGCUAGGCACACAAGAAGCUACUUGAAUUACAAAAUUGUUUUGAUUGAAAAUGUUUUAUCAAAUACCGGGACUGUCCGCAGCUUUAAGAUAGCUUAGCAACCGUAGUGAGGAUAACGACAACACUUGACACAAACCAACACCAAAAGUAGAAUAUAUCAAACUGUUCCAAUGCAAGCCACAAAUGUUAGCAUGUGUAGCUAAACAGCUUACUAGAUAACGUAGCUCUAAUGUAGGAGGUCGGGGGGCCAAUUGCUAACGCUAGCCAGUUUGUGCGUUAAAGUGGACGUACUAGCCAUGAAGCUAACGUUGGUCUUGCUAUCAUGCUAACGUUAGCAGCUCUCUUUUGCUCUUCAACGACUUUAAAGACAUUGAAACAAAAGCUGCUGGUGUUACCUGGGAUUGCAUUUUACAUAAUAUAUCAGUUAGUCCUGAUCCUAACAGCUAGCUAAUGCUAGCUAGUUUGUAGGUUUAACUAAUUUAACGUUAAAGGUUACGUUUACUAGCUAAUCUUGGUCAUGCGAUCAUCACAUGAACGUUAUGCAUCCAUUACGUUUGUAUUUAAUGACCUUCUUAUUUUUAACAAGUCAUCAGAAAACAUUACAGGAAAAUCUGUUUUAAACCAACUCAUGGAAUAGGGCUAACUUCAGCUCUAUGAGCUAGCUAGCGAGCUAAAGCUAGUAAAAUAAUUAAUUAAUUAAUAAUGAAUAAUUAUCCAUUUUUACGGUGACCUGCCUUUACAAGAGAAAUGGCUUUGAUCUUAAAUCAAAGAUUAAUUAAUAAUUCGAUGGUUAAUCUACAACAGUCAGUUUAACCGACAUAGCAACAGCAACUAAGGAGGCGGGCCUUAGAGUAAAUAAAAAUGUCAAAUAUAUUUUAUAUAUUUAUAUAUAACUAUUGCUGUUUGUUGCUGAAAUCAAAGUAACAAAAUAAAUGUUGUCGUGGUUCCUUUUUAAAAAAUGACGCAUAUGCACAUGUCAAAAAAUGCACCUUUUUAGUUCUGUAGAUAAACGGAAUUACUUUUUUAAAGCUUUAUUUUUGUGAUUUGUUGGAGAAAUUGUAAUACAAUAAAGGAUAUGUUUAUUAUGAGAUAGUGUGAGGACAGAUACCCCAAACAAAUCUUUUUACCAAGGGGAUCCGAGGAAAAUAUGCAUUUUGAAGACACCCGGUUUGCAUAUAUAAUGAACACUCUAUUUGAAAUUGUAUGUUUGUGUAAUAAGUGGAACAUAUCAACUGAUAAUAAUUAGCCACUGUGUUUUGUACGUUUUGGGAUGGGCUCAAAUUUGAAAACCCCUUUUUGUUUGAACAAUCCUUGCCACUGCCUCGAAUAAAUGCAUACCUCCACUUCCACUACUCCGUCUACGGUAAAUCAAUUUUUCUGUGACAGUCAUCUGUUCAGUAACAUGAUGAUAGAGGUAUUAAAAAUGUAUUGGUUAAAAA